AUUAUAUUUAAUGCAGCCAAAUUCAAUUAGUUCUCCUAAAUUCAAAGUAAGUCGUUUUAAUCCUCACAGAGAACAUUUGAAAACACAAAUUACACACACUUCUUUACUUACUUUAAAACCUAGGGCUUCAUUGCCUAAAAUCCAAAAAAAUAGUUCUCAAAUUUCAUAGAGAAGUGAAAUCCCUCUCUUUAAAAUGUAAUCAAUGGGUUCGCCUAUAAGUCAGAGUUAUCUUUUAGAAAUGGAGAAAGUGUAUUGUGUAUGGCAUAGUGAAACUGGUAUAGUUGGGGGAGAAUAAAAAGUAUUUAAUCCUUUGCAUGUUAGAAACAUAAUUAAGAUGCAAUUAUAGUAUAAAACACGAACAAUUAUUAAUUGUUUAUGGUAUGUGAUGGUCAUGGGUCUUCUGGACAUCUAGUAUCAAAUUAUGUGUUGAGCUCAUUGAUUUAGUAGAUUGAAUAAGGAAUGUAAAGAAAUUAAUAUAUGUUACAAUACAAUACUUAACUGCAUAAGACAGUAAUUAAAGGGGCUUUUGCAAAAACAACAAGUUUGUUGGAAUAGAGUUCUUUACCAAUAAGUCGAAGUGGAUGUACUUGCAACAUGGUGAUGUUGUUGUAACAAAAUAUAGUGCCAGCAGACCUUGGCGAUUUUCAAUAAGAGUUUUAGAAAGAAUCAGUAGUAUACUGUGCAAAUGUGGGUGAUAGUAGAGCUAUGAUGGUAAGUAAAGGUGUGAGAGGAGGGUUGAUAACAAAUUAAUUGAGUAUGGAUCAUAGAUUAGAUGUUGUUGAAGAGAGGAAUAGAAUAAAGUAGAAGGGAGGUACUAUAGCAUAGUUACAACAUAAUGGACAAUCUGUAGGUCCAUAUAGAGUUUGGUUAGAUGAGAUGUAAGGAUCAGGUUUAGCUAUGUCAAGAAGUUUUGGAGAUACUUAAAUGUAAUCAGUAGGCGUGACAUCAGAACCAACAAUUUAUGAAUCAAAGGUAAGAUAAUAGGAUUUGUUUAUGGUAAUUGCAUCUGAUGGAGUUUGGGAAUAUAUGACAAAUCAAUAAGUAGCGAAAUUUGUUUAUGAGAAAUAUGAACAGUAAGAUCAAGCAGCAUAAUAUUUGGUAUAAUAGGCUUAAUAAUAAUGGAAGGAAAAUGAUGUUGUAGUAGAUGAUAUUAGUUGCAUUGUUGUGUUUUUUAAUUAAUCAUUAUGA